AUGCCCAUCAAGCUGCCAAAGGGGUUCGCCCGGAGGAAGUCCUCCGGAAACGUCCUUGAAGAUGUCGACGGGCACCCUCAACCCUCUUUCCGCGUAUUUGAGCGCCCAGGAAACCCUCAACGAUCCAUGACAGACGGCGACCACCUGACCAAACGCAUGAGUGAUGGCCAUAUAGUGUCCUCAAUGCUAGAGGAUUCCGAUAACAUCUUCGCCGGCACUGAACACGCCUCGAGCAAAAAUCGGUAUGACCAUGAACAUGACCGUCCCCGGACGAUGGAUUCGCUAAGGAAGCGACUGACCGGUCACCACCGUCACAGCGGUGCAACGUAUGAGAGCUCAGGCUCGACGCGGCUCAGCUCCUCGUCCACCCAGCCGUCCUCCACUGAGGUUCCUCCCCCCGACGAUGCCUCUUCUCCACAUUCGAGAAUCCACGACAUCCCCGCUCCUCCCCCUCCCCUCGCCGGGGCCCUGCGCGCCGCAGGCCGGACGUUUUCAUUUGGCGGCCGAUUUAGCAAGAACUCGACACCCCCUGCUCCCCGCAUGGCGACACCAGAUACGUCAUCCAGGGAGCGAACUCAUACAAGUGGCACAGACGAGACGGCCACCCCACCCAGAUUACCGGACUCCCAGUUACAAUUUGAUUUGAGCGCAGGGGGUGAUGACGAUUUCGGAAAAAUGUUUGAUCAUUUAGGUAAACGGAGUAGUGCCAUCUUGCGGGACCCUUCUCCACAGCGGACUACUCAGUACUCUUCGUCCCCGCCAACGCAGGCCUUGCCAGAAUUCAAAGCCUCAGACAGCCGGGCCACUCGUCCCGCUGCCAUCACCACAGACCGAUCUGUCCCCGUCGAACCAUCCCCUUAUUCGUGGAGUAGCCAUCACUCCGAUGAAAACCUGCUCAAGUCCCCGAGCAGCAGAAUGGUUACCUCGCCCUCUCAGUCUACCACUGAGACUUUUACUGGAGUUCGCAAGCCCUCGCCAUCCCCCGGACAAAUGCUAGGUACCACGGCACCUCACCGUGGCAUGGAGAAAUCGACACGACGACAAUCGGGUGGACUUCGAAAGAGCGGGAUCUAUUCAGCGGAACACAAUUCGCGUGCCCUUGAUGACGAGGACGCACGAUUGGUUCGGCAAUCUAUUCUGUGGACCAAGGAAAACUCUCCACCGCAUUGGAGCGAUGGCGCAUCUCCGUCGAAUGGAACACCGCUCCUGGACAAGGGAAAGUCUACCAGUCCGUCAGGUCCCUUGAGUCCAGCGGAAGAUAAUAUGUUCGCGCAUCGCCCUUCACCUGCUCCUAGUGAUCACGGCAUGGAUGAUGUACGACUGGCUGUUCAAUUCGCGGAAAAUCUUCCGAAGACAGCCUCCCCACCUGGUAACAAGGUGAUGACUCCGUCCCAAUUCGAGCAUUAUCGCCAGCAGCAGGAGCUGCGACGUUCCAACAGCGAUGCUUCUAAGAGUGAUGAUGAAUCCGAACACGAGGAUCUUGAAGAUGAGCAGGAUGAAGUCGAGAAACAACGCGAGACCGAACGGCAGCGCCGGAAGCAAGAGGCCCACCUCUCUGUAUAUCGUCAACAGAUGAAGAAAGUCACAGGCCAGCAAACCCCCUCGCCGUCCCUUCGUCCUGUCAUGACCGGGGCCAGCAGCAGCACCCCCAACUUGGUAAUCAAUCGGCUGUCCAACCCAGGUGACAAGUCUUCGAGCGGAAAGAGCAGUAAUGAGGAUGAUGACGACGAGGUCCCGCUGGGCAUUCUUGCGGCACAUGGAUUCCCCAAUCGCAACCGCCCACCGACUCGCUUGACCAACGCCAACUCCAACCCCAAUCUCCGCGCCUCGAUGGCUCAUCCGUACGCGUCGUCCGCUGCCUCCCUUGUGGGUGGUGAGGCAGGCAACCGGGGCAGUCUGCCUGUCUUUGCCAGGAAUCUACCUCGCGAUCCCUAUUUCGGUGCUAGCCUGGUGAAUCCAUCCAACCGAGAAUCUUUGGCAUUGGGCGGUGGUUCGGGCUCGGUAUAUGGCGGGCCUUCCUCUCCCGUGCCUCCGGGGGGUCUCAUCAAUGUAAUUGCGAACGAAGAGCGACAGAAGGCAAUGAGGCGAGGAAGCCCUAAUGCUCAGGCAAUGAUGCAUGAGCAGCAGAUGCAGAUGCAGAUGCAGAUGCAGAUGGGAGGUGGCAUUCCUCGACCCUAUUCCAUGAUGGGUCCACCCCCGAUGUCGCCUAGUGAACAGGCCAAUGUUCAACUGUCCAAUCAGAUGGCCGAUAUGAUGCGGCUGCAGAUGGAAUUCAUGGAAAAGAUGAUGACCCUGCAGGGCAUGCAAGGCACCCCCUCCAAUGAUGGCAAACGGCAUAUGAUGGGGGGUAUGCCAAUGCAGGGCGGUGCCAUGCGGCCACCAUCAAUGGCUGGCGGUCCUGCCAUGGCCCGCCCCGCUUCGGUAAUGGGUGGUCAUCCCAACAUGGGCAUGAGACCAGCCUCCCUGCACUCCGCAGCCGGUGCUAUGCCGCCUCAUGUUGAUCAGCGUACUCUCAGCAUGAUUGACCCCAAUAUUGCCGCCCGUCGCGGUUCGCCCAUGCCGCAUCUCCCACCGGGGCCCCCCUUCCACUCGAACACUGGCAGCUAUGCCCCAUCUAUUGCACCCUCCGAGCGUAGCAAUACUGGCCUGGCUUCUCGAUACCGGCCCGUCUCUGUCAUGCAAGGAGAUUCCGCCCAUUCCAUCUCGUCAUUGAACAAGGGCUGGAACGAUGAAAACCUGCACCGCCAGUCCCAACUGGGCCUGCCCAAAUCUUCAUCUCUUGCCACUGUAACUGUCCGGCCGAUGUCACGAACGAGUGAAGCUCCUGGUGGGCAACGCCCCAUGCAUGCCUCGGAUGAAGACGACGACGAUGAGGGCUGGGCCGACAUGAUGAAAAAGCGCGACAAGAAGAAGAGUAGCUGGAAGUUGAAGCGUGGCACUUCCUCUUUCGGCGAUCUUCUGAGCGCUGUGCAUUAA